UGCGCUGUGGGGGUGACGACGAGGAGGAGGAGGAGUACUCGAGAGGAUUUGAUCGCUGAGGAGUGGACGAGCUGAAGGAAGUGCGACUCGGUAAGAGGUGAAGAAGGAGUUGACAACCAGCGGCGGAAGAGUGACGAGACCCCAAGACGAGGCCAUGGCGUCGGAGCCACCCCCACCGUAUCAGGAGCCCUACCCCGUGGGCCCCUCGGUGCCCACCGCCCCGUCGGCAACCCCCGCCCCCAAGGGGCCUCCAGGAAUGACUGGGCCAUUGCUCGGUGACACCAAGUCGAUGCCACAGCCCGGACAAGAUGGACAGUUCCCCGUGCAGACUCAGCCCAGCUGGUUCCCAGCCCUCCCCCCGUACUCCGCCACCCCACCCACCAUGGGCCCUCCCCAGCAGGGGUACCCAACGUCCCCCGGCGAGUAUGGACCAGCCUUCUACCCGCAGCAGCCCGUGGGCCCCUACCCUGCGUACGGCCAGCCCUUGGCGGCAGGGGGGCCCGGCGGGCCCGCGGGCCCCACUAUGGUCGUGCCGUCGGCGGCGGGCCAGGCGGUGACGCUGUUGCACAGUGAGGUGCCCCAGCCGUACCCGAUGCGCAUGGUGUGCCCGCACUGCCAGCUGCUGGUCACGACGCAGACGUCUCACAUCUCGGGCACAAUGAGCGUGCUCAUGUGCGUCCUCUGCUGCAUCGUCGGGUGCGACCUGGGCUGCUGCCUCAUCCCGUUCCUCAUCGACGACCUCAAGGACGUGGAGCACACCUGUCCCAACUGCAAGGCGCACCUCUUCAUGUACAAGCGGCUGUAGGGCGGCGGCAGGGCUCCCAGAAGACCCACACGCGCACGCGUACACACACAGACACACACGUGUACACGCACACAUGUACACAUACGCACAUGUACGCACACACGCAACAUCAACAACCGCCAUUCGCCACUAAGUGGUGGUGAC